AUUUUAUUAAUAAUUAAAGGAUUAGUGACCUAUCGGGUAGCAUACGCGAAUUACUUAUCAUCACAACUUUUAACAUCUUUUGUAAAUGUAAAUGAUUGAGCUUCAUAAACUUGUCAAACACAUGGAGACCGGUAGAAUUAUAGUACUUUAAUGUGAAAAUAUUUUUACACUUUCCAAAUUAAAAUGACGAAAUUGAUAUAUAUACUUUCGUAAAUUUGAAAACCGUUCCGUAAAAUACGAAAAUGACAAGCGCUAUCAAUAUCACUUGAAAUUAUUUCCUUUGUUCAACAGAGUUGUCAUAUUACAGUUUCUGUUCGUAAUUUAAAUUAUUCAAGUCUGUAUAAAUGUACCGAGGUGGUGAAACAUAAUAUUUUACAUUGCUCAGUAAAUUAAGUUUACUUGAUGAUCCGACCGUAAAUACAACAUGAUUUUAUUAGCCAGUUGAUUUUUAAAUAAUGAACAGUUAAUGCGCCGAUAUUGCUUAUUGAAUAAGUUACAAAAGAUACUAAUUGUGGCAAAAUCGUCCUUGUUGAAAGAACACAAUGUAUGACCUGACUGGACUGUAAUAGAAACACAAAAUAACAAGUAUUUUCUUCAUACUUUUUCGUAUGAAAGUUUUAUUUUAAAGAUAAUGGCACAAGACAAAAACAUAUAAGAUAAUAAUUAUCUUAUUCUAAAUGAUAUUGUCACAUCUUUAUCUGUCAAAGAAAGGAAAACAUUUGCUCAAUUUAUAAUACCGUGAUUUUAAAGCACACCUGUGCAACCAAGAUCGAUUAAAUGUUCAAAGGUAAAUUAUCUGGGUAAUCCAAUUAUGUUGUCACGCGUCGUUAAUUUUAAGUACAUCCGAUGGGCAAUAAACCAAUUAACAGCCACGCGGUGUUGGGAGAGAAUCUUUGGAGGAUUUUAGGAGUGAAAUCCGCGGUACUCCGUGUGAUUCCGAGAAAUACGGAAAUCGGACAAUAAAGAUAUCGAAUCGAUAUUUUUGGAGGGUACUGUAUGUAUUUUUGAAGAACAAUGAUCAAAGUUUGCGCAGUACUAUUAACUAUCUUAACACUGGUUCUUAGUAGGCCAGACUUCCGAGAUAAAAUACCAAGUGGGUAUCGUGUUCCUAAUCCGUGUAGAAUACCUGCAACAUGGAACCCAGUGGGCCAUUAUAAUCCAGAACAUUUCACGUCAAUUAAAAAUCCAUUUGGUCUUGAUUUCAGAGAAAAUGAUUUCAAGUGGAAUGCUACUUUAUGUAAGAAAGAUUCCGACAGAGAUGGGAUGACGAACGGAGACGAGCUGGGAGACCCAGACUGUAAAUGGCGUCCAGGUCAACAAACAUACAAUCCAGUAGGACAUCCUGGUAUUUGUGAACCGAUUGGAGAUCCGUCUUGUUUGUAUCAACGUUUCAAGUGUGACUGUAUGGAAAAUUGUGAUGGUUUAUACGGAGAUAUAACUUAUCCAGAUCACAACUAACAUUAUUAGAUAAACGUAGAUGAAAAAUAAAACAAUAAAAUAUAGUUCUCUUAGA